UCUUUGAAAGAUAUUUUGAUAAUGAAAGAAUUGAUAAAUGGAAAGAUGCAUGUCAACAAUUUUUAUGUAAAUUAUUUAAUGAAAAUUGGGAAAACCUUCAAAAUAACAUAAAUCUUAUUGAUCAUAAUAGCAGAAUUAGUUCUUCUGAUAUUAGAACAUUGAUAAGACAAAGCAAUAACGACUGGCAAGAAAUGUGCGAUCCGGAU